AUGGCCCUGGCAUCCAAGCUGAAGAAGCGCCGGACUGCCCGGAAAGUGAGCCGGCCAGUGGAGCCUGAGAACCCCAGGCCGCAAGGACAGGACCCACCUGGUCCCACCAGACCAAAGAGAAAGCAAGGGGCCCGGCGGAAGGCUGUGAAAGCCGAAGCUGAGGCGCCAGAUGGGCCUGAGCCGGCGGAGCCUGAGCAGAAGCUUUUCCAGACAAACACCUCCUUUGCUAAGCUGGGCUUGGCGAAGUGGAUCGUUGACACAUGCGGGAAGUUAGGCAUGAACUACCCGACCGAUAUUCAAGCCAUGGCCAUCCCCCCGGUACUGUCGGGAAAGAAUAUUGCAGGGAAUGCUCGCACUGGCAGCGGCAAGACUGCCUGCUACAGCCUCCCCAUCCUCCACUCUCUCUCCAAGGAUCCCUAUGGAGUGUUCGCUCUGAUCUUGGUUCCCGUGCGAGAGCUUGCUUUUCAGGUUGCCGAUAACUUCCGUGCCAUGGGCCAGGCCAUUAACGUCAGUGUUGGGGAGAUCGUCGGCGGACGCGACUUCUCCAUUCAGAGCAGGCUGAUCGCUGACCGGACGCAUGUCUUGGUGGCCACACCGGGUCGGCUUGCCGACCUGCUACGGGGAGACUUCGCAUUAGCCAGAGCUUUUCGCAAGAUACGCACCUUCGUGCUGGACGAAGCCGACCAGCUGCUGACAGAAACCUUCGAGGACCCCUUGAGCCGGAUUUUGGAAGUGCUUCCGGAGUCGCGGCAAACCUUGUUUUUCUCCGCUACGAUUACGGAGUGCAUCGAGAAGCUGCGGAAGGGAAAGGAUUUGAUGCUUGUCGAUGCAAACCCAAGGGAGGAGAGCCUGCAGAACUUGACACAACUCUAUGUCUUCGUCCCGAAGUCGGUACAGGUCAACUAUCUGCACUACCUGUUGAAAGCACAUUUCUCCGACGAGAGCUGUAUAAUUUUCGCGCAGACGAUUGAGGAAUGUCAGCUUUUCACGACCAUGCUGGACAUUUUGGGCUUUGCGGUGACCGGCCUGCAUUCCCUGCAGUCGCAAAGGCAGCGGCUGGCAAGCCUCGGAAAGUUCCGAGCAAGCCGCGCCGACAUUCUACUGGCAACGGAUGUCGCCAGCCGAGGGCUCGACAUCCCCAUGGUGGGAGUUGUGAUAAAUGUGGGGCUGCCCUUCGAUGCAGCCUCCUACGUACAUCGCGCCGGGCGCACCGCCCGUGCCGGGCGACCUGGCAAGGUCGUGUCGCUCAUGUCAGAGCUGGAUGUGCCCCGUGUGCAGGCCAUCGAAGAGAGAAUCGGUAAGCAGCUGGAGCUGUUGCCAACCAAGGAGGAAGAGGCGAUUAAGCUGCUCUCUCGGACAACAAAGGCGUAUCAACGCGCGGAGCUCCUGCUGUCGGAGGUCGGUUUCACUGACCAAGUGGCCGAACACCGUGGGGCUCAGCAAGCCCUGAAGAAGUCUAGGAGGAUUUCGAAGCCCAACAAGAAGAGGUCGGCAAACGCAUAG